AUGGGCCAGUGUUUCUCAAGCCUGCAUAGCAAGCAUGGUAUACCCAAUGAAGAGGAAGCGCUCGGAUCUGCCUUACCAAAUCGAGAACAUCUAGACAAUUCUAGGAAGGCAACGCCGGAGUCGAUCAAGGCACGCGAUCGAGAUCAAUUUGACGCAGACGACAAAAUCAGCACGACACUGCAAGCAAAUCAGCACUUUUUUGACAUUGGAAAGAUCAAGUACGAACUUUUCGAGGAAUUGAGAUCCAACGAAGUUGGCGAGGAAGGCAAGCCCAUAAUACUCCCUGACGAGGUCAAACGCCUCUGGGCUCGCACCUAUUAUCGCAGAGUUUACACGAGCCAAGUCUGGUACGACUUGGCAUGGGACAGAAAUGACUUCAUGGAACAGUUCGUUCGGAUCAUGUCAGUCUUGAUACGUAUUGAUUUCUGCAGAUGGGACCAGUUUCACACAAUCUUCAUUAUUAGGUCAGACCGGCGAGAUGAGCAUCUCCCUUUUGAUCUAGAGGAAUUGAAAGAGGAGGAUUUCUUGGGUGGAGUAACAGGAUCCAACUUUCAUGCAGCACAAUUCGCCUUUUGUCCGAGUCAGAUUCCGCAACAAGAAGAUGAGUUUAGACUGCACAGUGAAAAGCGGCUCCCCUGGGUCGAUAACCCUAAGCGCAUAGGGCAGGGUGCUUUUGGAAAAGUCGAGAAGCGAACAGUGGCAAAGGGCUUCUUACAAUAUCAGGACUACACUAUCAACUCUAGAGCCAAAGCUGUCGCCGUUAAGACCUUGUCUGGGGUACAUGCACGCCAAGACGAGUUCAAAAACCUGAAAGAACUGCGCGAAUGUCUCAGUGAUCACAAAAGAAUUAUGGUCAAUAUCGUCACGAUGGUUGAACAAUCGAGUGAGGGCGACAUCUAUCAUAUCGUUUACGAGUUGGCCGCGUACGACCUAAAUGUCUUCCUGACGAACAUGCCUCGAAGCCUAAGAGAAAAACGCCAUGCAACAGCUGGCCCUGAAAGAACGGAUUCUGCAAAUAUGUGGCCUGGCGAUCUGAUUUCAGAGAGCGUUAAUCUUGCCGAUGCAUUGGACUAUCUUCAUAACCGACUUUUCGCUGAGUCCCAUGUAUCACUCUCCCAUAACGACAUCAAACCGGAAAACAUUCUAGUAGUCUACCCCGAGACUACCAACAGGCAGGACAGGUUCCCUGUCGGACAGUGGAAGCUUGCCGAUUUCGGACUCUCGGUCGUUAAGCUCAAGCGACCAUAUGCUAGCCACAGUAAACACUUGAGCGUAGAUAACGCUGCACUGAGUCCCUCUAAUCCACAGAAGACCCAUAGGACUGACAGGCCUCCCUCUGUGUCAAAUGCCAUGCCCACACGGGACCCGGGCCAGUACACGGCACCAGAGUGGGACCAGACUACCCCAAAACCAGUAGACUGUAGAAGGGCUGACGUGUGGUCAUUUGGAUGCGUUCUGUCUGAGAUCGUCACCUAUGCUGUUAAGUUGGACUGUCAGCUGGUCGAAAAAUUCCGCGAUUCACUUGGAAAAAGUGAGCAGCCUGGUCAACGGGAGCCGCAAGACCAUCGGUUCUACGACCACGAAUCUAAGGAUGUUAAGCCCCAGUUUCUUAACCACCUCACGAAGCUACCAAGCGAAGCUCAUGGAGACAAGCGUAUUCCGGAAAACAACCAUUGGAUAGGUUCCUGUGUCGACCUCAUCAAGGAAAUUGUUGUUCAGGACCCCAUUUCACGACUCUCAGCGACCAAAAUUCGAGCGAGGCUCAGCGAGAUCGAUUUGUCUAUGCGUGACCAAAAGAGAAUCUGGCUAAGUCAUGACUUGCAACCACUAGACACGAGCAUGCUGGACACAGGCAUUGCGGUAUCUGGCUCAACAAGUGCUAUAUCCCAAAGUCCCACGGAGUAUGGCGAUUCCGACCACCCAAGAGAUGAUUUGGUGACUAGAGUGCCGAGUAUCUGCGUUCAUCACUCGGAUAACUCAAUGCCUGAAAUUUCCCAAUCUCGGCACAGUGUUGACGAUGAACGACGGAGAGCUACAGCGCCUAGAUGA